AUGCGAGAUUUUACAAUAAAAAUGCCCAGCGAUUCAGAUACCAACAUUAACGACAAUGGCACGCAAAAUGAUAAUUCAAUUUUUACAUAUCAUCAACUGAUUCAAAUUCGAAAACAGUCGAGCGAUGAACAACGUUUGAAAUUAGAACAAGAAUUAGAUCAGUCGUCAUCUGUUCUACUCAAUUUACGUACAUCCUAUGCAGAAUUAAGACAGGAAAUAGAAAAUCUUCGUUCAGCACAUGAAGAUACGUUUAAACAGUAUCUGACAGUAUCACAAAAUUGGAGUAGUUCGAAGAAACAAACAAAUAAAUUGAAGCUCAAUAUACAAUCGUUCAAGAAGCAACUUGUAUUGUACAAGAAUUUACGUUCGCAUGCGACAAAUGAAGUUGACUCAUCGUCAAUUAAAACGUUUGAUGUAGAAGGAUUCGUGGCUUUGGGACAGAAGAAAAUCGUCCAGAAAAUACGUAAUGAUUUUGAACACUUAUAUGCACAAAUUUAUCGUGAAAUGACUGCCAACCACGAAAAGGAAGUACAGGAAUUACAAGUAGAAGUUGAACAAGCAGUGCACUAUCAACAAAUUGAGUACAACGAACGCGUAAUGAUUCAACAGAAACUCGAGAGUGAAAUUAAAAUAGCGCAGGAAAGACUUGCCCAUGAAAAAGAAGUUCAAAUAAAUUUAGAAGCUACGUACUCUGAAUUAGAAUCAGAAUUCAAAUCCAUUCAAGUUCAGAAGAACGAGCAACCCGAAGUACCAUUGAAAGAACGACAAAGUUUACAGGAAAGUAUUCGGACAAUGGUGAAUAAUAUCAAGGAAAUGCGACAAAGACAAAUCGUUUUGGAGCGUGAGCUUAUUAUCUAUCGUCAUCUUCUGGGUAAAUAUGAAAUAAAGGAGCAGAAGGUGAUUAGUUAUUCUUCUCCACCAGCUCAAAAUGUAACAACGCCAGCAUUGGUUACAGAAACUGAGCGUCAAGGAUCGAUUGGCAUUGAGUGUCCUGUCGACGACACAUACAUAUGUUUUACAAAUCAUUCACAGAGUAAGGAUACUGAUAUCUCGAGAUGGAUGCUGAAACGACGUGUUGAUUCAAAGCCGGAACUUCAAUAUACACUACCCGACGGAAUUCGACUUCACCCUGGCAAUGAGUUAAGAAUCUAUUCGAAAUUAGGUGCUGACGUUACUCAAUCGUCGUCGAAUCCUGACAAUGUUUCUUCUUCCUUAUAUCAGAAACUUGUCAGUAACGAUGUAGCCUCAUGGGGUAAUGGUGACAAGAUCGAAACAAUUCUGUUUGAUGCAAAUGGCAUACAGAAAGUAUCAUACGUACAGUCGAUUGCACCUGAAGGAACUGUAGCUGAUUUACAGUAG